GGGCGCCGCAGGGACUUCCAUUCCUGGAGUCGUCAUCGUGAUCCAGGGGGAGCUGGGCCAGGACCCCACUCGCCUUGCCUGGCCCUCCGGGGGCCUCCCGCCAGACUGACAGGGGGCUGGGCCUGUGAAGGCCUGGAGGAAGAGGCGGGACCGGAAGUGCGGCCUCCUGGGAGAUGUGGUCUCCGGGCGCCUGGCGGUGGCCGGUGCUACGGAAAGCCGGGGCCCGGUUGGCGUCCGGAGGGUCCCCGCGGGAGCCGGACCCGGAGAGGGCGCUGCGGAGCCGGAGGCGCCUCCAGAAGGCGAUGGAAGCGGAGUGCGGGGCUCCCCUGCAGCGGCCUCGGAGCCUGAGCCGCCAAGCCAUGGAGCAGAUGCGGUUCCUGGGCCGGGAAGGGCCCUCCUCCUCGGAAGAGUGGCCGCUGUGGCGCCUGGCCCGGGGCUUCGGCGUCUCCCGCCAGGACGCCCUCCGCGUCCUCCGCAGCCGCUUCGUCCCUUCCCCGGAGAGGGCCGCCAAGCAGGACGCCAGCGCCGCACGGGCCCAGACCCCGAGGCGCCUCGGAUCCAGCGGAGGAAGAGGCACGGCCCUCCCUGCGGCCUCGGACUCUGGCUCCUCGCAGAAGUAGAUCCGCUGCGGAAACACACGGGAGGAACAACCCGGUUUGGCACCGCUUUAAGACUUUCCUGGCUCAAGGCUCUGGGACUCUGGGAGCUGGAGUUUGCUGCGGAGCGGAGCGGAGCUUAAGGAAGGAAGGCCCCACAACAGACACCAACUCCCACUCUUAAAGCGGUGCCAAACCGGGUUAUCUCUCCAGUGCGGAUGCAGCCGCAGACAAAACAGUAUGAAGGCUUUGUAGAAUAAAGGAUGCUCUUCCGAG